AUGCAUGUUUGGUCCUUUGAAAUAGGUCUUUUGGAGCAUUCUGGAGCAUAUGGACAUAAGGAGCAUGGAGGGACUUGGCACAUGGACGCAGCUCAACUGGAUACGCAAAGGAAGAAGGGAGAAGCCAUCUUGAAGACCAGCUCGACCGUCUACUCGACCAACCGGUCGAGUUCCUCAACUCGACCGGCCAAGCUUCAACUCGAUCGAGCUGAGAAGUCAACAGUCAAACCCGAAAAAUGUUGCUUCCCCCUUGACUUUCCUUUGACCCUAAACCUAAUCCUCUUUUUGAGUGCUUUGCUUGUUGAAUUGAGAAAGUACAGAAAAGCCAUAGGCUAUACUCUAGAUGAUAUCAAGGGAAUCUCCCCUGACCUAUGCAUUCAUAGGAUUCAUCUAGAAGAUGAAAGUAAGUUUAGCAUUGAGCCUCAAAGGAGAUUGAACCCCAAUCUAAAGGAAGUGGUGAAGAAAGAGAUACUUAAGUUGCUUGAUGCUGGGAUAAUCUAUCCCAUCAGUGAUAGCACUUGGAUAUCUCCAGUUCAUUGCGUCCCAAAGAAAGGGGGAAUCACUGUCAUAAAGAAUGACAAAGAGGAGCUGAUCCCUACUAGAACAAUAGUGGGGCAUCGCAUGUGUAUAGACUAUAGGAAGCUAAAUUCUGCGUCUAGAAAGGAUCAUUUCCCUCUUCCUUUCAUUGAUCAGAUGUUGGAAAGAUUAGCAAACCAUCCUUUUUAUUGUUUUCUUGAUGGUUACAGUGGUUUCUUCCAAAUCCCGAUUCAUCCCAAUGAUCAAGAGAAAACCACUUUCACAUGCCCUUAUGGUACCUUUGCUUAUCGAAGGAUGCCAUUUGGGAUGUGCAAUUCCCCAGCUACUUUCCAGAGAUGCAUGACCUCCAUUUUUUCAGAUCUGAUAGAGGAGAUGGUAGAAGUCUUCAUGGACGAUUUCUCAGUCUAUGGAGCAUCCUUCUCCUCAUGUUUGUCAAACUUGUGCAGGGUGUUGCAGAGGUGUGAGGAGACAAAUCUAGUACUCAACUGGGAGAAGUGCCACUUCAUGACUGUGAAGGAUAUCAGGAGUUUUCUGGGUCAUGCAGGGUUCUACAGGAGAUUCAUCAAGGAUUUCUCAAAGAUAGCAAGACCCUUGACAAGACUUUUGUGCAAAGAGAUAGAUUUUGAGUUUGAUGAAGAAUGCCACAAGUCUUGGACCUUGUUGAAGGAUGCUCUGGUAUUCGCCCCAAUAGUUCAAGCUCCAAACUGGGAUUACCCAUUUGAGAUUAUGUGUGAUGCAUCCGACUAUGCAGUAGGAGCGUGCUUGGCCAAAAGAUAUACAAGAAACUCAAUGUCAUCUACUAUGCAAGCAAGACUAUGGAUGAUGCUCAAUGCAAGUAUGCAACCACGGAGAAAGAGCUCCUUGCCAUCGUCUUUGCCUUUGAGAAGUUUUGAAGCUAUGUAG